AUGAGCAGCACGUCCAACAAAGUAGAUGAACCAACCAGCAGCAGUCUGCAGGCAUGGCUGCAAGCACACCUCGAGAACUACGUGGAGCUUGGAUUCUUGAAAAGGAUUCCUGAUGCAUCAUCAUCAUCAUCAUUGUCGUUGCAGGACGACGACGACGACGACGAUUUCAGCUGCGUGUUGGCAUGUCUCGCUCACCGAUUUUGUCCUUCAUCGGUACCUGAUCUUGUUACUAUGCUCCAACAACAGCAAGAAAAUGUGGCAUCCACCGCUAUUCAGAUAUUCCAUGACGAGCUCGAUAUACCCAGCGACAUCCCCAAUAGGAUCGAGUACCUUGACAACAUUCGCCAUGCAGUGGAGCAAAAACAGGAACCAACCGAGCAAUCCAUGCGACUCACAGAGACCACCUUGGUUACCGAGACACAGCAUAUUCAGGUCACACGACGUACCCGAGAAUAUUCAUCAUCGGAUGAUGAAGAAUUGGAACAGCAUGUAUCCAAUGUGCUCAACCAUAUCCAUCAAUUACGCACUCAGCUGAAUGACAUGACCCUCAAGACAUCAUCAACAUCAUCAUCGCAACGACAUAAAGAGGAGAAGGAGGAAAAGAUCAAUGAGGAGGAUGAUAUGGCAAUGCGUGUGGAUCAAUUUGAGAAGGAUCUUGCCAGAUUUGAGAAUGAGGAUAUGAGUGCUUAUCGAUCCUACAUCAGCCAUCUUGACGACGAUGCACGUGCAACAGUAGCAUCACGUAUCCAAGCAGUGGAUACUGCUCAUUCAGCAUUGGAGGUACAACUUGAGGAUGAUUUCAAAGCCAUUCGCACAGGUGUGCUCUUUUCAAAGUUGACAUUGCCUAUUCGACAUGAGCUCGAGACUGUACAAGCCAAGAUGUUAAAGACGACAACGACCGAGGAUGGUAUUCGAGAGCUUGAGGAACGUACCCAGCAUGCAGGUACAUUAUUGGAUACCAUGGAGAAGGAAUAUGGAGAUGCCAUGUUGAACACCCAAUCGACAUUCUCGUAUCGUUCCCAUUUUGAGGCACUACGCCAAAAGCAUCGUGUGGUGUGUUCCUGGGUUGAUGAAGUACGUGUAUGGUUUGUGGAAGCUGAACGUAUCCGACGAUGGAUUGAAGAACGUAUUGAAUUGCUGGAGAAGGAUGCAUUGGAUGAUCCUGUACAGAUCCUCUCUUUGCAAUACUCACUUGAAAAAGUGGAUGAAUUGACAACGCGACAUGAAGCAAUGGAAAAGGAGGUGGAGCAAUUUGAUCAUGAGGAUAUGACCCGAUUACGUGCACACGUCAAAGCACUCACUGGUGUUGACAAGCAACAAGAUGACAAAGAUCUAAGUCCCGCUGAUACAACUACCAUCGAGAUCACAUUCACCACCCUUAUGACCCUGGAUCGAUUGAUGCAUAUGCUUCGAAAGAGAUCGUAUGAAUUGCAAAUGUUGACGCUGCGAGUGUUUUGGGAGCAAGAGCAUGCUACAUCUCAAACAUGGGUUGCUGAUACGGAUACACAAGUGGAUGCAUUGUUGGCAAAGGCACGAUGGCAAUUGGAUGAGGAAAAGACCAUGUCGUGGGCAGAUGCAGAUGGAGUCAAGAACAACGUGGUUCGAGAGUUGUUGGAUGUUGAGCAACGCAUAGCCGAUUUUGAUCAAGGCCAAUUCACCACAACAGUCAACAUGUAUCAAGACAUGGACAACCAUUCCAAAGUCGAGUUGCCAGCACAUCUUGAGUCUCGACAAGUAGCACUUGAAGAAGCAUUUGAAGCACUCACCAAACGCGUCGGCUAUGCACGUCAAGUUGUUGAGCAACGAAUUACCGUGGUGGAUUUUGUGUAUCGUGCGGAUGAUUUGAUGAAUGAAGGUGGAAGACUCAAAGAAGAAAUGGCGAUUGCCGAGCAACAAGCUGUGGUUGGGGAUUCGGAUCGGGAAUUUAUGGAUCGUAUUCGACACUUUCAGGAACAAGCGGUACAAUUGGUGACGAGUGUUGCUGUUCGUAUUCGGUAUCCCGAGCAUGUGUUCCCUGCCUCAGAUAUCCAAGCCAACGAUGAAGCCAAUGCAAUGAUCCGAUCGUUGAUUAGCAAUCGUAAAUCAGCUGUCAUUUUAUUUGGCGACAUGCUCGAUCAGAAACUUGCUGCAUAUCAAUACGUCCUUGAGAUGAUCACCACUGCCGAUCAGCUCCAUCGUGAACUACGUCAUAUGCAUGAGCUUAUUGAAAAUCAAAUCAAGUCCAUUGCUCAUAUCAAGGAUGAGGUGCUUGGUGCUCGAUGUCCAUUGACCCAUCAAGAUGCCGAGAAGUUGACAGCUGAAUGUACUUCACAGCGUACCAAGCUCGAGUCAUUACGAGAGGGUGAUGUCAAGAUUAUGCGUGAUGCAGUAGAUGCUCUUAGGAAAGAUGUGGUUGAAUUGAAUGCAUCAGCUGUGCCUAUCAGUCGAUUGGAUGCUGCCAUGGAACGCCUUGAGCAAUUGCUGAAGGAGUUGGAGGCAUCACUAGCAUUGCAUGAACAAGAGCUACUUGGAUUGAAAGCACGAUUGCAAUGGAAAGAUGGGUGGAACGAGACUAUGCAGCAAGUUACAACCAUGACUCAAGAUGUGUGGGACCUUAUUGGUCGUAUUCAAUGGCGUGUGGAUACCGUUGAGCCUGGCAACAUGGAUACCGUUGACAUGGAAACAGCCUAUACGCAAAAGCAGCAACAGAUCGAUGAUUUCAAGCAAGCCAAUCACUUGGACAACAUAGCGAGCUUAUUUUCAACCAUGAUGAAUGCGCUUGAUAGCAUUGUGGAGAAGGCGCCUGAACAUUUUCAACGUCGACAGGAUUCAUUGAACAAGGCAUUCGAUGAGCUCGUGACAUUCUUCGACUUUGCUCGUCACGUGCUUGAUCAACACAAGGCAUUGGCGGAAUUCAGUGAUGAAGCUUCAUUGGUACAUCAAAGUGGAUCCAAGCUGGUAGAGGAUUUGGAAAAUGCAUUGCGCAAAGUGAUGAAUGAGGAUACGGAGUCAUCCUUGUUUUCAGAGCCAAUUCAGGAUUACAAUCAACGUGUACAAGGUUUAUUGACCACAUUGAACGAGAAGCCUAUUCCAUAUCCUUCGAGACCAGCUACGAGUGCUGCCGAUUCAUAUCGCACAUCAGCUGAUCAUGAUUACAUUCAUGGAGAGAUCCAAUCGUUUGUUCAAGGUCACCACGAUAAGCUGAAGCAAUUGCAUGAACGAAUGAUCCACCUUGAAUCCUUGUUUAUCUCAGCAUUGGAAUUCAGGACAUCGAUUAUUUCUUGUGCAAAAGAGGCUGAGGAAUUGGAUGAUCGAGCAACCAAUGUUAUUCAGACAAUCUUGCCAGAUCGACAAAACCUCGCCAUGGAUACGAUCAAUCUCAAUGCAGCUGCAGAUCCAAAUGUGCUCAAGGAACGGCAUGUUGAAAAUGUAAGAAGCACCGAAUCAAUUAAGGGAGCCCUUGGUGAUUUGCAAAAGAAAGCCGUCAACCUCAGUGAGUCGAUUCAACAAUCAGAUGUUUGCACACAUGUCGAGGAUACCAUGGUCAGCACAGCCAUGGCCAAGUUAGAAGGCAACUACCAGGAGCUUAUUCAACUUGUGGGGCAACAUGAGAAGGAGCUGGGUGUCUAUGCUGAUCGCCUCGAUUGGGAGAAGAAAUCGGAUGCUUUGCUUACUCAGGCGCACAAUCUUCAGGAACAGCUGCGUAAUCUCGAUGAAGAAAAGAAAGCGUUACACCUCUCGUCAAGAAUUGAUGAUAACAAGUUGUCCGAGAACCAGCAACGAUUAUGUGAUCUACAGCAACCAUUGGCAGAUAUCUUGAAUUUGAAGACAUCCAUGGAUGAAGCGAAUGCCGUUAUGAAUGCCAGCUACGACACACUCCAUACGCAACCUAUUCCUCAGCUUGUGGUGGAUCGACAUAACGAUAUCCAUGGUGUAGUUGCACGUGUAUCUGAUCUUGCCGAUCAACUUGAAAAGGAGCUUGAUUUGAUUGAAAAACGACGACAAUGGGAACACUCGGCAGAUGAAGCAUUGGCAUCCAGCUUAGAUCUCGAACAACGCUUGGAAGAAUUUAUUCGCAACGAAGCACGCUGGCAACAAACUUCUGAAUUACAUCAUCUAGCCGACUUGGAUACCAAAUUUUCAGAAUGGCAGGAUGCUGUGGAUUCUCAGGGUGAGAGAUUGGCGAAGAUCAGGUCAACAUUGGAUGAUCUCUUUGAAAACCAACACUUGUACCGAUCCGAUGCAUUAUCUCGACGCAGCCAUGAACUUGAAGGAGCACAAGAUCGAUUAGCCAGCUUGUUGUCAUUUGGAUUUCAAGUCAAGAACCAACAUCAGCAAUAUGCAGAAUGUAUGCAACAAGCUCAACAACUCGAAUCAAAUGCUGAGACAUUGCGAAAGCAAAUUGAAGAUGGCGGCGACACUAUGGCGGAGCUUGAGAAGUUUAUGCAAGAGGUGGAGUCAUUUGGUCAUACAUCAUGCAACAUUUCAUACCCCGUUCGCAAUUUCAGGGGCUACGAUGUACGAUCUCGUAACCAAGACGACACUGCCAACACAGUGAUGCAAGAAACGUUACAUGUACGCCAAUCUCGUAUUGAACAACUACCUGCUGUAUUGAAAGCAGCCGUGGAAGCUCAGCAAAUGCAGAAUGAAAAGAAGGCUGCUGUGGAUGCUUACAUGACCGAAUCACGCAAUUUGAAAGAAUGGAUUACCAGUAAAUUGGAUGUACUUGAUGAUGUAUCAGCUUUGGACGACACCAGCUCAGUACAAGACCUUCGCGCAGCUGCAACAACCAUGGAUGCUAUUCAUUCGGCCGUGCAAGCCAAUGAUACCACCUUCAGCUCACUUGGUGUCAAGGCACUCAAACUCGAAGAUGAAGAGGAUGUCCAAAAACAACAUGCAGAAUUGACACAGCUUUGGCGUACAUUGGCAGAACGCUUAAGCACGGAUGCCAAGGAUACUUUGACCACUCGAUUGCACGCUGCUGAAUACAACGAAUCGACACAGCAAUUGAGUAACCAAUGCCGAUCGAUCCAAUCUGCUAUGGAUGAUAUUCAAACGAGUGAUCUUUCCGAGACCAAGCUUGGUGAAUGGCGUGACCAAAUCGAUUCGCUCAAGACGCAGCUUUAUGAAACAGUGGGUGUUCAGGCUACCAACGAAGCUGAGCGUGAGACAUACAAGCAACUCUCUUUGGAGCAUGGCAAGCUAUUGACUACGCUUGAUGAUUUGAACAAAAAGCUACGCAACCGUGAAUUGUUGGAUGAUUAUCGCAAACGUACAGAUGCACUUGUUGCUUUCUUCAAAGACUCCACUGGUCGACUUGAUUCAUUGCAGCAAGAAUAUGGUGUUAUCACUGGUGCAUCGGAUGAUGAGAACCAAUGUCGCUUGUUCAAUGACGAGUAUAAUGCCAUGCAGCGAACGGUGCAAGAAAAGAUGGAAGACUAUCGAGAACAGCAAUCAUUUUAUCGAGCAUUGCAGCUGCAAGAGAUUGAUACUAGCAACGUGGAAGGCGAACAUGAAGCAUUGGAUGAGGCACAAAAGGCACUUGUUAGCAAGUUGGAUGCUGUUCGAUUGGCUGCUAGUCUUGCUACUCAAUGGAAGGAUCUUCAUGCUACAUUACAUGCUGUUGAGUGUGAGUCGACUAAAAUCAAUGACAUGGGCUCGAUGAACGAUCAAGAAGAGGAUGAUACAAAGGAAGCCGAAUCACAACUCGCUGCUAUGGAGGCUCGACUUGCUACAGCGUCUGCCAUGAGUGACAAGCUUUCUACUACUGCUGACGAUCACAACAAGCAACAUUUCCAAGAACGUUACAACAAGGUGUGCGCUACUAUUUCAGAAGCGAAGCAGCGAUUGGAAGCGAGAAAAGCCGAUGCCAAGGAACGUGCCGAUUUGGCAGCAUUUGUGGAAGCAGCCAACAAGCUCAAAGAAGAUGCAGAAAAGGAGCAACAACGUGUACAAGAACGUACGGAUGGCGUAGCUGCAGUGUAUCAAGAAAUUGGACAAAAGCAACAAGAUACACAGAGUGCAUUGGAGCAAGAAUAUCGUAAGCGGGUCUCUAGCACUGCUGUCACUGAGGCGGAUGUUUUUGAUAAGCUUGUGGAAAAGUGUGAUGAACUUGCUGCCAAGCCGGUGAUGGACGACACUGCCCUAUCGAAUGCACGAAAAGCUGUGGAUUCACUCAAGAAAGCGAUUGAUGAUGAGAAAAAGAUCAACGAUAUGGUGCGACGUGCAUUGGGUCAUUCCAAAACAGCUGACAACAUUACAUCAUGGAUCAGCAAUUGUCGCAAUGCUAUUGAAACAGCUGCGGGUGAUAUGGAGUUAUCGGAUGACAAGUAUAUUGACGAGGAUGUGCAAGAUAUCCAGACCAAGAUGGAUAAUUUCACGAGCGUUGUUGAUUCAUUUGUUGAGAUGACAUCAAGGAUCAUGAAUGAUGCUGUUACCCAAGGUGGUAGUGCUGUGGCCAACGAGGUGGUACAAGUCCGUGCACAACGCGUUGAUGUUGAUUGGAAAGCGCUCCAAAAGGAAUUUGCCGAUCUGCAAGCCGCUAUGACACGUACAUCCAAAGGGAUUGCUAUUGUACGACAAAUGAAACGUGUCCUACAGCUAUGCGGUGAUGCACGUGAGCGUGUGGGACGACUUGAAAGCAACUCUACUCGAUUGACAAUCACGGGACAUGCACUUUCAGAUAUGCUACGUGAACAAGAUGUAUUGGCUGCUCAGCAAGAAUUGGACACCAUUGAGGAAAAGGUGAAUAGUCAAGUGGCUCAAGAGCUCACAAAGUUGGAUGAGAUGCUUGAUGAUCUUGAGAAUGCGGAUGAUACCUUUGCACAACAACGCAAUGAGAUGAGCUCGGCAGUAUCCAAUUUGACAACGGCGAUGGAAGAAAAGAAACAACAACUUGGACGUGCAUUGGAUGUGGGACGAUGUCUUGUGAUUACGGAUGAUAUUGAAGUAUUGGUGAGCGCACUUGAAGAUGCAGCUACAAAGGCUUCGAAUGGCAACAAGGAGAAUAGCAAGGCCGAUUUGCAGGCACGUGUGAUUGAGUUGGAUGCAAGAUACAAAUACUAUGAACGCAAGAUCGUGCAGAGUUUGGACGCCGCACAGUUAGCAGCUGACGACAUUACGUAUGAAGACGACCGUGAACUUGUAUUGCGACAUGUGCGUGAAUUAAGGGAGCGUUGGGAAGUGAUUGAUCGACAAGUGCAAUCACAAAAGGCUGAGCUCAACAAGUCGCUUGCUGCAUCAAGGCCGCGUGUCAAUAGGACACGCAAAUCAUCUUUACCAACACGCAAAGCAUCUCAUUUCUUACGUGACCGAGACCGAUCUCCUUCACGUUUACCAACAUCUACAUCUUCUUCACUGCAUCAACAAAACAACAACAAUAAUAAUACAUCAUUGCUUUUGGCAGCUUCGAGUCGUUUGGCUAAAUCCACAUCAAGCUCACAUGUGCCAGCACCCUCACCAAGACCAAGUGGUAUGAGUCGUAGUAAGCUGGUACCUCCUUCUCAACGACGUACAGCAUCGAGGUCAGCAACGAAUGCUAAACCACCAGCACCCUCAUCAUCAGCACGACCAUCGAUUCAUGUGACACCUGCAAACAAGUAUGUGGCUGAUCCGCACAACGAUCUGGAUAUGGAAAUCGGGCGCAUCGUGAACGAGACCCCAUACAAGAUUAAGGUGAAAAUGGUUCCUGGUGAAGUGGGCCGUUAUUGGUUUGGUGAUGCCAAUCCAAAGUUGGCUUAUUGUCGUGUUCUCAAAAGCAAGAUGGUGAUGGUGCGUGUGGGUGGUGGAUGGAUGGAAUUGACCGAGUUUUUGCGACAGCAUGCUUUGCUCGAGGGCGACUUUAUUCCCAGAAGAUCCGCAGCAACAGCAGCAACUAACGCCGUUGGUGGUGAAGAACAACAAGAAAAUGUACCAAGAAUAAGAGAAGGCUUUAUUGAAACACGAAAACAACGACAACGUAUUCGAGAACGAUCGCCAUCAUCAAGUUUCAAAGGAGAUGCACUACCACCUUCUUCUUCCUCCUCCUCGUCAACCACUUUACUCAGUCCACCAGCACCUACCAAUAGCAGCGGUGGGUCCCGUUCUACACCACAAAACGCACAAAAAGGCUACAUUGAUGGAGACCGAUAUAUCACAGUGGAUCGAUAUGGCAAUCAACUCGAAGUUAAAAUGACCAAAGCUACCAUGCAUCAAAGCUCAAGUUCAAACACUCGACGUAAACCAGCAAUACCAUUAACACAACGAAGUAAACAAUAG